AUGGCAAAUAUAAAUAUGUUAACGAUGAAAUUUUUGUAUAUAUGGUUUCAAGUCAUUGUUCUACACAUUAUUCAUUUACGUGGCGAAGUGUACAAGAGUCAUAAAGCGAUAAACACUGGUAAUCUGGAACAGCAUUAUCCAAAUCUUUAUUUCUCGGCUAAAGAUUUACCUAAACUACGCGCGCAAGCUUCAUCUAGCCAUGCGGAGAUAUAUAAAGAGUUAGCAAAGCUUAUGCGAGAUUUGGGAUCAGGUGGGAUACCGCCGGAGAGUGUGAUUGUAUUUAAUUCAAAAUGGAAUGAGCGUUAUGGAAACCUGUUAGGAAGUCUUGCUGUAUACUGCGCGCUGACGCCUGGAGAUCGCGAGGCAUUGGAUGUUGCUAAGUUAUUUAUGAAAAGAUUCACAAGUUACGAUACGUGGUUAGUAACGGGUCUAGAAAAAGACGAAAUUCCUCUUGCGCAUUCAAUACUUGGCUACGCGACUGCAUUUGAUUGCCUUUAUAGCUCGUUCACGCUUGACGAACGUGAUCGCUACGCCACCAAGCUACUACAAACUGGCACUCAACUGUUUAACGCUGCAAACAAGAUAUGGUGGGGUCGGUCGUAUGUACACAAUCACGUGGCAACGAACUACAUGGCGCUUUUAACUGCAGCGCUUGUCCUCAAACCGUAUUACCCAAAGAUAGCACUGGCUUGGCAAGAAACAUCGGUCAACGCGCUAAACGCCACUAUGGAAUUUUUGAAACUAGUCGUGGACGGCUCUUUCCAGGAGGGGGUCUCAUAUGGUACGUAUACAAUGAGAUCCUUGACGCAAUUUAUGUUUAUUUCCGAACGACAUUUUGCGCGCAAUUAUAGAACGAACAACUGGUUGCGCAAACAUUUUGAUUUCCUCUUGUACACUAUAAUACCUGGGUUUCAGCUCACAGUUGGGUUUGCUGACUCUAACCUAAACUGGGCGUAUGGUCCAGAGAGUCAACUGGAAUUCUUAGAAAACUACCUACACCCAGAUGGUAGAGCGAAAUGGCUUAGCAAUGAAAUAAAGAGUCACAGAGUGAAUAAGGUCAAUUAUAAAAAUCGUCAUGAUUAUAAGUCGCAAGUACAUACAGAAUUUUUGUUCCAUAACAGCAGUUUGAAGCCGAAACGAGCGAGUGAGGUUAAACUGCAUGUUUUUAGCGACUGGGGAGUUCUUACAUACGGUGGUGGGAUUCCAGACCCGCAUGUAUUUCUGUCGUUCAAAUGCAGCCAUCUACAUGGCCGUGCAAUUAAUUUGUUGAGGCCGAGUUUAAACUUCAAUACACAACGCGGUUUUGUUCCUGGACACGAACAGCCGGACCAAGGAUCGUUUGUUUUUGUGACAAAAGAUCAAGCUGUUAUCACUGAGCCUCGUUACGCGCCAAAGUACACCUAUUUACAAAACACUUUAAUGUUUGGACCAUCAAACGAAGGAUGCACUCGACCUUAUCUCGGGCAACUAGGCGAGUGUAAGAUGUGGUUUAAUUUUAAGUUUGACAGCCGAACGUGGGGCGCACGCGGAGAGCUCGUGGGGUACUCGCGCGAAAAUGACGUCAUAUUUAUGAGCGGUGACAUGUCGCAAGUGUAUGACAAAGAUCUUGGGUUAACAACUGUAUACCGUGCUUUGGUCAUGCUUGCACCAAGCGUGCUUGUAGUUGUCGAUAUCGUGCGGUUUCGUGCUGAUAGCGUGACGUCGCACGCUAGUGCGUUUUUUCACAACUCCGAUUUCGUGUUCAACACCGAUGCGUACGACAACGAUAAAAAUCAUUGCGCGGCUAUUGGCCGUUAUAAAAUGUGCUGGGAACAUUUGAAUGCAAAGACUGUUAACAUCAGCACUAAAAAUAACUUCAGAGUAACCAAACAAAGACAUGCCACAAAUUUCGUCAACAUUACGUGGAAGCGUUCAGAACUAUUGACAAGCACUGCGUACGUGUUUCAUGGGCCUCAAUACACUCUUAAACAUUUAAAACUUUCAAAAAUUGAGGAUAACGGAAUAAAUAUUAACUUAAAGCUAAACUCGGUGGAAUAUAGUAUAACUUUAUCGACACGAUACGACGACCCCCGAUUGCGGAGAAAACUACUGGGUUCUAAUGGCUAUGGGAAAGUUAACAUCAAGUCAGAAAAUAAUGUUUCCACUCUUCAUUUGGGGGUGAAAAUGAGAGGUGAUGCAAAUGACGUCAGCAAGGCUAGUGACGUCAGCACGAUGACGUCACAAAUACCCAUCAGCCGAGUCCAUAGAUAUCCAUUUGGUUUUGUUUAUAUCGUUGUUUGUACUAUGCUGCUAUUUUUAUAUUUGAAUUUCAAAACACGUCUUCGGUUCAGAUUGAAGGUUAUAGUAUUUUGUGCUCUUUCCAUAUGCUUUGCUAUCUAUGUGUAUAUAGGGAGUUCCUACAAGCAUUUUGAGACAAGCCGGCUUCCCCAGUAUUCCACUGCUCCCAUACUCCCUACCCGGAAAAAUGACCGUCCACUGAACGCUGUAGUGAUAACUGGACUACCUUCAAGCGGAAUGGAACUCGCCCUUGAACUGUUCACGACAAAUCCCGACUUUAUCACGAUCGGUGUUCCUUCGGAAUCGAGAGUUGGCGUUGCUGAAGAUAACCUGGACUUGCGGGAAUGGACAAAACGCGACAUUUUGGAUGAAAAACUUGCGGAAUGGUGGAACACUCUACUGAAAACUCCAACAGCGCGUGGAAAUACGGAUGAUUAUAUUGCAUUAGUAAAUCCUUUAAAUCCACGAUCUAUUCACGGAGCUUUCAUUCGCAAAUCACGAGGUGCAUUCGCUGCUAUUAGUUUUCGAAAUCCAGGAUGGUUAUUUAAAAUGUCGGUUUUGUUUGAAAAUAAUCAAACACCGUUGUUAUACGUUGUUAGAGACCCAAGAAGCUGGAUAGAACACAUGUUAGACCGUCCAGACGAAUCAAACUUAUUCUUGCAAGAAUUUAAAACGGCCAUUCGGACACCUCUUGGAACCUUUCCACUUGAAAUUCAACAUUUGCGGGAACUUAACUUUGCUACUUUAAAAACCCAUAUCGCAUUGGCGCAUAUUUGGACUGCGUUUGCAACGUAUGCUUUUAGGCUUAGGUCCACUCUCCCCCCUGGAGGACUGAAGAUCGUACACUUUGAGAACUUAAUCAAGUCGCCAAGGGCAACAGCCGAUGGCGUGUACAGUUUCUUAGAAAUGCCUUUUCCGGCAGCGGUCGAACACAGGAUAAUGCAAGUCACCGAGACUGGACUUUAUAAGUUUAAAAAUUAUGAUACUAUCGAGCCGAGCUUGUGUAAUUGGGGUAAGGUUUUAACAAAACUUCAAGUCUCGGAGAUUUAUGGCAUUUGCAAAAAAGCCAUGAAAAAUAUUAGUUAUAG